UCCUCAGAAGCAACUCCACCAAUCUUUGAUUGGGUAGAAGAAGAAUUCCUAAAGGCUCACAAUAAUCCAACAAAGAGUGUUGGUGUUCUUCCUUUGGAAUGGAAUGCAAAAUUAGCCGCUUAUGCAUAUGAUUGGGCUACUCAGCGCAAGGAGGAUUGUGAUCACAUGCAUCAUUCUUCUGGCCCAUAUGGAGAGAACAUCUUCAGGCAACAAUACAAAGAUUCAACUCCAGCUGCUGUUGUACAGAAAUGGUAUGAUGAGAAGAAGAAUUUCGAUGAGCUGAACAAUUUUUGCAAAUGCCAGCCAAAAACAGCAGGAUGUCAAUAUGGCCAUUAUUUAAAUGUACUAUGGAAGACUACAACAAAAGUUGGAUGCAGUGGCACCAAUUAUUGCGAUGACCAAAAGGGUGUUUAUUAUGUUUGCUCAUAUGAUCCUAUUGGUAAUUAUAAAGGUGUUCAUCCUUUGAAUCCUGGUGAUAAUUUAACAACUAAUUCCAUUAGCUCUUGAAGUAAUUAGCGGACACUAGGUGCGCGUUAAUCCUUCAAUUUUAUGUUUUAAUUAUUUUUUGUGUAUGCUUGAUAAAUAAAUAAUGAUGUUUGAUUCUGUAAUCACAUUAUUGUAAGGAUUGUUUUUCUUCCCGUCUCACCUGAUAUUUUG